AGGUACACUCAUCUUGUGGCCUCAUCCACACCGCCCGCACCGCCCACCCGUCUCUCACCACCGCCCACCGGCUCCUCCCUUGCGUUUAGCAAGCAGGCACGUGAGAGUGCCAGUGCCGGGUGACCUGUUGCUUGCUGUUGCACUGCCAGGCAUGCAACUCUUCACUUGCUCGCUAGUUUUCUUCUUCGGCUUUACUCUUUUCUCGAGUACAGCGGAGGCCAGAGAUUUGAGUUCAUCAUGGGUGAGGUUGCCUCCGGAACCUCGCUCAAACCCCUUGCCUUCCAUGUACCACCCCAGUGGUAACGACCCCAGUGACGACCUCCUGUCCCUCCUCUACGACGUGUAUCCAGCACACACUGCCACUGACAUGGUUCCCCGGGAGAGAGAGGAGCCUGUGUUCGGCAGUCAAGGAGAGCCUAAGAAAGAGUACUUCCCCCAGCCGGACAAGAGAAGCACAGUCGAGGGGACGGAGGACAAACAUACGCAUAAACAAGAGGAAGAUAAGAGGAACAAGAGAAGUGUGGACAACCAGCAAGAGGGAGAGGCGCAGAAGGAUGAUGCUCCACCACACACACCUCCUGCAGCUGACAACUAUAACACUCAGGCCUGGUGGUGGCCCUUUGUUACAGUUCGACGGUCACCAUUUACACCUCGUCUGGGUAAACGUGGAAAUGACCUGGACAGCGAUAAUUUUACUUACGACAACGACGACCUGGCCUCACUGGAGUACCUGCAGGAAGACCCUGAAGACUACCUGGUAGGAGGGAAUAACGAAAUGGAUGAGGAAAUGUGGCCAUCCCCGGUGCUGAGUGAGGAGGAGGUAGCAACAGCAGCAGGGAGUCCUGACAAACGGGCCGACUUUGCUUUUUCUCCAAGACUCGGAAAAAAGGCAGAUUUUGCGUUCAGCCCAAGACUAGGCAAGAAGGCAGAUUUUGCAUUUAGUCCACGACUAGGCAAGAAAGCAGAUUUUGCAUUUAGUCCACGACUAGGCAAGAAAGCAGAUUUUGCCUUCAGCCCAAGACUAGGCAAGAAGGCAGAUUUUGCAUUCAAUCCAAGGCUAGGCAAGAGGGCAGAUUUUGCAUUCCGUCCUAGACUUGGCAAGAAAGCAGAUUUUGCGUUCAGUCCAAGACUAGGGAAGAAAGCAGACUUUGCAUUCAGUCCACGACUAGGCAAAAAGGCAGACUUUGCAUUCAGUCCAAGACUAGGUAAGAAAGCAGACUUCGCUUUCAACCCAAGACUUGGCAAGAAAGCAGACUUUGCUUUUAGUCCCAGACUUGGCAAGAGAGAGCGGGAGGAAGACAGUGGGGAGAGACAGCCCUCCAGGACCCAGGCCUAUAUCUCUCGCCCCUCUCGACCUUAUUUCUCCCCCAGACUAGGGUAGGCCUACCACACUCAAACUAUAUAAAAAAAACUAAAUAUUGUUAACCCCCUUUUCUUCUCACUAUACCCAGAGUUAGUCAUGUUAUUAUGAAGGAAAUAAAUCUAUUACCAAGUUAUGUGAGGCUGGGGUACAGUAUUACGAGCGCAGUUUAAUGAAUGACUAGGCUGGUUUGGUGAUGAACAGUGAGGCUGGCUUAGUAAUAAAUAGUGAGGCUGGCUUGGUAAUGAAUAAUGAGGCUGGCUUGGUAAUAAAUAGUGAGGCUGGCUUGGUAAUACAUAGUGAGGCUGGCUUGGUAAUGAAUAUUGAGGCUGGCUUGGUAAUAAAUAGCAAGGCUGGCUUUCUAACGAUGAACCUGCUACUUAUUCUAGCAUAUCAGGGGACAAUACCACCUCCGGUCAACAUAUCUCUUCCGUACUGUAUAUUUGAAGCAUGACUGUAAAUUAUCUUUCAGGGUACUCAGAGCAUCAAACCAUUACUGUGAACAAUGAAUAAAUAUUAUCUUUAUA